AUGGAUCAGAGCAAAGUUGAACCAGAGCCCUUUGAAUAUAUCUACUAUGACCUUGUAGAGCCGACCGAACCACCCAAGGAAGUAAUCCCACCAUGUGACCCUACGGUGGACGACAAGCUCUUCAACAUAUGUAUACUUUCCAUAUCUUUUGCUGUGAUGUUGAUCCUGGCAGCCCUCAGCAGGAAAAAGCGGCUAUGCCAGGGCUUCACAAGAGGAGCUUCAAGUAUCUUCAGUCCGUUAAACUUCCUGGAUCAGACCCAGAAUAAGGGCGUGGCGAUGGCUGUCUUUGGGCUCAUCUUCAGUAAGCUGUCUGUGCUAGUACUCUCCCCAGACCCUCUCCCUUUCUCCAAAGAUACUCCAGUGGAAAUCAAAGAGUACAUGAAGAUAAUUGCUAUCUUCUACUAUCCAAUCCUGUAUUACCCACUGUUGGUCUGUGGCACUCUGCAAAACAAAGCAAGCUAUGCACUUGGCAGCCUCCUUUCCAUGAGUCAUUUUGGGGUCCUGCUGUGGCAGAAGUUUGACUGUCCCAAGACCCCUGAGAUCUAUCAGUAUUAUGCUGUACUCGCUAGUCUCCCACAGCUGGCCUGCCUGGUGUACCUCUGUGUCCAGUUCCCUUUGUUUUUUAUCAAAGGACCAGAAAAUGAUGAGGACCUUGACAGUAGCUAUUACAAGGACUAUGUGAAGUCAGUUCUGAAGAAAAGGUCCUCAACUGCCAGUGACGACAAACAGAAACUGUCAGAUAGAAUACUGGAAAUGCUGAAAGGUUAUGUGUACACACCAGAAAAAGAGUUUUGUUUCCCACUCAAGUUGUCGGUUUCAGCAUUUGUUGCCUUUGUGGCAAUUUAUCACGUGUCCUUGCUGUUGGUCGUUCUGGUGAUCCCCACUCUCCACAUUGUCCGUGCCGGUAUUGAUGAUAAAAUCGCCUUCCUGUUACUCGGGUUUAAUAUUGUUCUAUCAGACGACAAGAUGGAGGUUGUGCAAAUUGUCACUUUCUAUACCUGGUUGUUGGAGGUGUGCUACCUGUGUGCGAUGACACUGUCCUCUUUGAUCAGUCUAGUGAUGCUCAUGAGAUCCAUGGUUCUUCACAGGUCAAACCUAAAGGGACUGUACCGGGGAGACAUUUACAACAUUUACAACUGCCAGAAAAUGAUCCGCCCAUCUAAACCCGGCAUUGUCUGUUGGAUGGGCUUGACAGGCUACCAGGCUGCUAUCGCCUGCCUCGGAAUGGUAAUCCAGACGGUUGUGUUUUUCAUCUGUUUCUUGUUCCUGGUGUUUCUAAUCAUCAUUCCUGUAUUCUACGGCCGAAACCUCAUCCUCUUCCAGAUGGGUGCAAAGGCAUGGCCAAGCUGGAUAACACUGGUAUUGGCCACAGCACUUCAGCACGUGAUGGCUAAGUUUGUAUUCAUCAAAAUGGAUGCUGGUAGCAGAGACUUGAAAAACAGAGGGAGUCUCUUCCUGAUAACAUAUCUGCUGUACCUGAUUAACAUUGUGGUGGGCCUGAUUGUCAACAUAUGGAGAAUCGUGAUAACCGCUUUAUAUAAUAUCCUCCAUCUGGGGCGUAUCGACAUUAGUUUACUUCACCGCACAGCUGAAUCCCAUGACCCAGCCUAUCGCUACUAUGCCCACUAUCUGAAGAUUGAGGUCAGCCAGUCUCACCCUGUGAUGAAGGCCUUCUGUGGAUUGCUGCUGGACGUCAUAAUCCAGGGUGGCAGUGCUGGACAGAAGAUGCGAGAUGCUGAGGAAGGGAUCCAGAUGGUUCAGCAGGAGAAGAGGCAGAACAAGAUGGCCACCAGCAGGAGGAUCCGCGCCCGCUGGCAGCUCUUCUACACGCUGGUCAAUAACCCCUCGCUGCUGGGCUCCAGGAAGCACUUCCAGCUGCAGAGCUCGGAAAGCUUCCUCAAUGGCAGCCUCAACCGCGGCAGCCAGGGAGGGAGUCAGAGGGAGGCAAGUGCACUGGCGGCAGAGACGACGACGACCUCAGAUAACUGA